AUGCACAGGUGUACUGGUCUCCUGUUGGUCUGCUUAAUCUUUUGCGCUGCCCUCUCAGAGACGUUUGGGCUAGUCUUAUCCGCUAAAGAGAAAAGGGGAUGGACUAUGAAUAGUGCUGGUUAUCUGCUUGGCCCACGUCGUAUUGAACAGCUCUUCAAGGAAAUGCCCAGUGAAAGGGGGAGAGAAGAGCUACCUGGGGAAUAUGCGAUAGACAGAGUUUUCAGUGACAAACAUGGUCUAGCUGGUAAACGUGACACACACCCUGAAGAAAAUCUAAAAGCAGGUACCUUUGGAAGACCAUGGACUGAUGACAAUAUUAUGCGUACCGUAAUUGAAUUUUUGACCUACUUGCGUCUUAAAGAAGCCGGCAUGUUGGAUAACAUAUCUACAACAACUUCAUCAGAAGAAACAGAUCGGUCUUGAAGGAGAAAGUA